AUGUAUGAGAAGAGGAAAUCCAUGGAGAAAGCAGCGAUCAUUUACCUACAUGUGCAUGGUGAAGAGAGAGAGCGAUCAAUGAUGAAUUAUAGGAGGGAUAAGCUCGAUCUGUCAACAAUACUAGUGAAUCAGAUGGGCAAACUUCUGCGCAAAGACGCAGCCGGAACGGAAGGAGAGGAGAGAAGCCCCCAAAAUAUGUCCAACAAGGAUACGAAGGACCUCCUCUUCGAAAGCUUAGCUUCAGAGGAAUCGGAUACAUUAUUCUACACUUUUCGUAAGGCCACAUUUAAAAAUUGGUGUUUCGACAAGAAAAACUCACCAUGUAGUUCAAAUGCGCUCUCCAGAGCUGGUUUCUUUUUCUCUGGCAGCAGAAGCGAACCUGCUGCAGCAACAUGUGCUUAUUGCUUGAAGGAAAUGAUAUUCGAGGAGAAUGAUGAUCCUUGGGAAGAACAUAAGUCUCACGCUAAGAUGUGUAGCUUUGUGGAGUUAGGCAAAUUAGAUGAAAAAGAGUGGACUGUACGAGAUUUCAUAUAUCUGUUAUCUGGUCGGAUAGCUGCUGAACAGAGGCAAAAUGUAAUCCAAGAAAUCAAAGAUUUCGAAGCAGCCUCAACAGAAAUCGAGACAAUGGCUAUAAAGGCCCUGAAUUCUCUCAAAUAG